CGAUGAGACCCAUCACAGUGCGCUGAGAACCAAUAUCAGAAACAAUGGGUUUCUCUUCUUCCUCGCGGCGCUUAUGCGUACCUUCGGUGCUACUGGUUUGCCUUUCCAUGAUUUUAUGCAGAGCACAAGGAGGAUCAUCUCGCAAGCUCUACAUAGUUUACCUUGGUGACGUGAAACAUGAUCACCCCGAUCACGUCGUGGCCUCGCACCAUGACAUGCUCGCCGGUCUUCUCGGAAGCAAGGAAGAAUCUGUUGCAUCUGUGGUGUACAACUACAAGCAUGGCUUCUCCGGCUUUGCUGCCAUGCUUACACCAGAACAAGCAAAGCAACUUGCAGAGUUUCCGGACGUCAUCAGCGUCGAGCGGAGCAAAACACACACCACAACCACCACAAGGAGUUGGGACUUUCUUGGCGUCAACUAUCAGACGCCGGCUAGUGAGCUGCUCCAUGGAACCAACUACGGGGAGGAUUGUGUUCAAAAUAACUAUGGGGACGAUGUAAUCAUCGGGGUGGUGGAUACUGGGAUAUGGCCGGAGUCAAGAAGCUUCAGUGACAAAGGGUACGGGCCAAUACCAUCAAGGUGGAAAGGAAAGUGCCAAGUCGGGCCAGACUGGGGCAUCAAUAAUUGCAGCCGCAAGAUCAUCGGCGCAAGGUUCUAUAGCGCCGGAAUCUCCGAUGAAAUACUCAAGACGAACUCGCUCUCGCCACGGGACAACCAUGGCCACGGCACGCACUGUGCAUCAACUGCGGCGGGCUCAGCCGUGGAGGCAGCAAGCUUUCAUGGCCUCGCCAAGGGGGUUGCACGGGGAGGUGCGCCGCGCGCUCGCAUAGCGGUAUACAAAACCCUGUGGGAAACUCCUCGUGGUCCGCAAGGAGGUACAGCAGGCGUGCUAGCCGCCAUCGACGAUGCGAUCUAUGAUGGAGUAGACGUCUUGUCUCUCUCCCUCGGUGUCCCGGGCGAGAACUCUUUUGGUGCUCUGCACGCCGUUCAAAAGGGGAUCACCGUCGUGUACACGGCCGGCAACAAUGGCCCCAUACCACAGACGGUUGGGAACACUUCGCCGUGGGUCAUCACGGUGGCAGCAACCAAGGUUGAUCGGUCGUUUCCCACGGUGAUCACGCUAGGAAACAGGCAACAAAUAGUGGGACAAUCUCUCUAUUACCAAGCCAAGAACUCGUCUGGGAGCAGUUUCAGAGAUCUUAUCUUAGCCGAGUUAUGUACCACGGAUGAACUUAAUGGGACCGACGUGAGCGGGAUGAUCCUUGUCUGCGUACCGUCGCGAAGGGAUGAAAGUGUGCUAACACCACUGGUAACUUUCCCACAAGCAUCACAAUAUGUCCGGAAUGGCGGAGGAUCUGGUCUCAUUUUUGCCCAAUAUACUAACGACCUUUUAAGUGAGACGGCAAAACUUUGCAACGGGAUUGCCUGUGUUUUCGUGGACCCUGACACUGGGGAGAGGAUCCGCAAAUACUACUUCUUGGACGCCACCAGCUCUCCAGUUGCGAAGAUCGAACCAGCAAGAACCGUUACAGGGAAAGAGAUACUGGGGCCAAAAGUGGCAUCAUUCUCCUCAAGAGGUCCAUCGCGUGAUUACCCCGAUGUUAUCAAGCCUGACAUAGCAGCACCUGGAGCCAACAUCUUGGCAGCUGUGGAAGAUUCCUACAAGUUCAUGUCUGGGACGUCUAUGGCAGCCCCGCAUGUAUCAGGCAUCGUUGCGCUACUCAAGGCUCAACACCCACACUGGUCUCCUGCCGCGAUAAAAUCAGCCAUCAUCACCACAGCCCAUAUAACGGACGAGCGUGGCAUGCCGAUACUGGCGGAAGGGCUGAGUCGGAAGACCGCCGACCCGUUCGACUAUGGUGGCGGCAACAUCAACCCCGGAGGCGCGGCCGAUCCCGGCCUUGUCUACGACAUUGAUCCCCGUGAGUACAACAAAUUCUUUGGGUGCACCAUCAUCAGGAGGACGACCGUGAGUUGCGACGAGACGACCCUACCAGCAUACCACCUGAACCUGCCGUCCAUUGCGGUGCCUGAGCUGAGGCGUCCGAUCACACUGUGGAGGACAGUGACAAACGUCGGUAAGGUUGAUUCUGUGUAUCAUGCACAAGUCCAGAGUCCUACUGGAGUCAGGAUGGAGGUUGAACCAAUAGUGCUCGUGUUCGACGCCAUGAACAAAGUUCAUACAUUUAAGGUGAAGUUGUCACCAAUGUGGAAGCUGCAAGGGGACUACACCUUUGGCAGCAUUACUUGGCGCAAGGAGCACAAGACAGUGAGGAUUCCUGUUGCGACUCGAAUGACGAUCCAUGAUUUUUAUGCAGAUGUAGCGUAAUUAAGUAGCCGGGGUGGAACAUAUGUAUAGGAAAUUGUGCUCUUAUUAUAUAUAUAUAUACCACUUCCUUCGUCUGGGUUUA